CUUGGCAAGACUACCAUUACUUGGGACAACACGGAUUCUGCUCUGCGAUGGCUUUCGUGAUGUCGGCUCGUUUGAUCCUCAUUGUCAGGACAGCAUUAUAUGCUGCCAUCAUAAUAUGUAGUCUUGUAAUAUUUUCAGCACUAGCAGUGAGCAUGAAUAAACAUGAAAACAACUGUUUGCUGUACGCCGAGGUAAAGAAAUCGUACGGGUCGGCGUCGACAUGCAACUACAGCAUCGCCAUCGCCGUCAUAUUCUGCUUGCUGUGUCCCAUCGCCGUCGUCGUGCUGACCGUCCUCACCUUCAUCGGCAUUUUAAAGGAUAAACUAAUACAGUUCGCAGAGUUACCGUUCCUGAUCCAGGUCAUCGCAGACGGUGUUGCAUUUUUCUUUGUCCUAAUAUCUGCCUGCACCAUCAGUGUUGGCUUCAAAACGUUGUGCGACAGCCUCGUUGGCGGAACAAAUGUACCGUGCUCGAAGGCAGCAGUGAUACCGAUUCAUGACAAAUCAAAACAGGACUUUUUCUAUGAGAACCUAUCUGCAGCAGAGGGAGGAGCUUGGACAGCGGUCAUCCUGUGGUUGGUCCAGGUAAUCGGGGGACUGUUCGUGUUGUGGAGGAAUGGCCGACUGCCGUGCUUACCACCCUCUAAGGAUCACCCCUCAACACCACCCCAGCAAGUCCCUGCCACAUUCUAGACGAUCACUGGGACAAGUUGAGUCAACUGUCCUGCUGUGGUUCAUGUUUCAUUACACACCCCUUAUUAGGUCUGGGUAGCGCAGUGGGCAGUUCCUCAACUCAUCUCACAGAAAGUCUGUGGUCGAAUCUCCACAUCAUUUCCAAUGUGAAUCUAAUCAUGACAUAUGUGCCUAGGCAACGUCUCAUAUAAAGGAGUAAGCCUAAUUAACAUACAGGCUGACUGCUCUCUUAGAGGAAUUCUACAUAUACUACCCAUCAAAAGUUUAGACUCACCUGGAGCACUCACUAUAUGUUAUGUAUAUAUAUAUGGUUACAUCAAAGAUGGAUCUCUCCACUAACUU